UAGAUAAUUUUGUUGUUUGGCUUGAUAUUUGGUUGUCGUUCGUCUAGCUAACCCUAAAAAAAAAACCCCAAUAUAUCGAUCGCUAUACCAGUUUUAUCAGUACAAGCUGCCCGUGAAUCGUUAGAAAUUGAAGCCGCCGAAGCUUGAUUUUGAACUUCAGCAAAAAGUUGCAGGAAUUAUGGCGUACCCAAUGAAGCCCACGAAGCCGGGGAUGGAGGAAUCCCAAGAGACGACUCACAAGAUCAGAAUCACUCUUUCUUCCAAGAAUGUUAAGAAUCUCGAAAAGGUGUGUGCUGAUCUUGUACGUGGCGCAAAGGACAAGCAACUAAGGGUCAAGGGACCUGUAAGGAUGCCAACCAAGGUUCUGAAAAUUACCACAAGGAAGUCACCUUGUGGUGAAGGAACCAACACCUGGGAUAGAUUCGAGUUGCGUGUUCACAAGAGAGUCAUUGACCUCUUCAGCUCUCCUGAUGUGGUCAAGCAGAUAACGUCUAUCACCAUUGAACCAGGUGUUGAGGUUGAGGUAACGAUAGCCGACUCGUAGAGGUGCGUAUGGUGAUGGGCUUUCUUUGUGACAAUUUUGGAGAUAACUAAAUUGUUUGUUGGAAGGGCUUCUCUCAUAGUAGUUUUCUCUUAUUUUAUAAUUUUUUCCUUUUUUUUUUCUUUUGAAGGCAGUAGUAGACAUGUUAUUUGUUAAUGCUCUGAUAGGACUCCCCAAUUUGGGUGUGCUUAAAUAGAAAUUUGGUGGCAAUUGCCAAAAUUUUUGUGCUACUAUUGGAGAGGUGGCCUCUCUGUUCUUUAUUUAUAUGUUAAUUUUUU